UUUAGAUGGCGAUCUUAAGGCUGGGUGGCUUUUGCAUAUAAAAGUCACUUACUGGUUUUUUGUGCUUCCAGUCGGAAGGAACAGUUCUUGCAUAAAAUUACCAUUAAGAAAAGUUGUCUUAAAAAGUUUGUGAUAUUGUUAAGUUUGAAGUUGAACGAAUCCAUAAAUCAAAAAUUUUGUUACAAUGGUUGUUUGGGUGCAAUCUCUCGUGUUAAUCAAUGCUCUGUUAGUGCUAAGCGUUUACAGUGCUCCUCAAGGUCCGGUAACGGAACCGAUUCCAAUUAUCCGGCAAGAGCAAGAAAUAAACCCGGAUGGAACGUACAGUUGGAGUUAUGAAACAGGAAAUGGAAUACAGGCAGAGGAACAAGGAUUCUUGAAGAACGCCGGAACGGAGCAAGCAGCUCAAGUGGCCCAAGGUGAAUACUCCUACACCGCCCCGGAUGGGCAGCUGAUCCGGGUGCAGUACAUUGCCGACGAAAAUGGAUUCCAACCGAUCGGCGAUCAUCUUCCCACGCCUCCGCCAAUCCCACCGGCAAUUCAGCGGGCCUUAGAGUACCUCGCCAGUCUACCUCCCAGGGAAGAACCCUCCCGGAGGUUCUAGGCUCACUUUAGUUAGAUGAUUCAUACUACUGCUUUUCUCCAUCGUUACUCAAAAGGCUUUAACUACUAGACAACUGUUAGAGUUAGAAUAGAAUAGGUCCCAGUCACGAUUGUUGCAUUUUUAUUUUGAGAAUCGAACACUGAUUUCGACCAACCCACCACACUGGUGCUUUUGCAGUUUCGUUGAGAAGCAUUUAUAGGAAACGAAAAAUAAAAAUAAAGUGAUGAUUAGUUGAAAU